AUCACACCAUUAGAAGCACCAAGCUUUAAGCGAAUUCGAUCAAAACACAUUAAUCAUCAAUCUCUUCGAAUCAACUCCAAACCCUCCCGAUCGAUCAUGUCUUGCUGCAGCGGAAAGUGCGGAUGUGGCUCAAGCUGCUCUUGCGGCAGCAGCUGCAACGGAUGCGGGAUGUAUCCUAACAUCGAGACCUCCACCACUGCCACAGUGAUGAUCGUCGACGGUGUUGCACCAAAGAAGAUGUAUGAUGAUGGAAGUGAGGGAAGCUUUGUAGCUGAAGGUGCACAAGGGUGCAAGUGUGGAGGAAACUGCAAGUGUGAUCCUUGCAACUGUUAAGGCUCAUCGAUCCAAAUAAACAUCCAUCUUUCAGUUCAUGUGUUGUAUGUCUCCAUGUUUCUCAUAUUGUGGUGAAAAAUAAAAUAAUAUCCCAAUACAUAUUGGUCUACUAGCCUACUAUGAGUAAUUGAGAAUUAUAUAUAUAUAUGCAGUAUCUGAAAGAUUUGAUGUGUAGUGAAUGAAUCUGUAUGAAAGAAAAAUUGGCAUGUAUGAAAUAUACGAUCAUGAUCUCUUUCUCUC